AUGAGCACGACUUUAUCCGAGGAAUUAUUGGAUCAAUUGGAGAGUAGAAUACAGAUUGCAGUGAAGCAAGCUCUUGAAGAGCAAUCACCAAAUAGAUACUCUGAUGACACUCUCGUUCAUCUGAAUGUUGGUGGGAAAAAGUUUACCAUUCUUAAAGAGACAAUAAUUUACAAAAUUCCGAAUAUUAAUAAGCAUCAAGAUGAUCAAGAAGAGUAUUAUCCAGAUAAUAUGUUUUCCAUCAUGUUGGAAGGAUCAAUCCCGUUUACUACUGAUGAGAAAGGAAGAAUUUUUCUAGACAGAGAUCCAACCUAUUUUCCAUUCAUUCUCAAUUAUUUGAGAGCUUCUGGGUCGAGAAAUCAAUAUGUUCUUCCCGAAGAUAAAUUAGCUCUGAAAAGAUUAUAUUUGGAAGCUAACUAUUAUCAAUUAGUUGGCUUGUGUGAGCAUUUGGAAGAAAUAAUGCCUGAAUUGGAAUCUCUUGUCUCAAUAGGAAGAGCAUCUUCCUAUAGAUAUGCUCCAAAUAAUGAAUGCAACUAUGCAAGUGGAAUGAAGAUAUUCAUAAGGACAAAGGUUUUGACAAUAGAAUUAUGUGAAGUAUUGAAUUCAUUUGUUGGAGUGGAAAAGGAUAGAAAAUGGAAACUGUUGUGGCAAGGAUCAAGAGAUGGAUUUGAUUCGAGGUCAUUCCAUUCAAAGUGCGACAAUAAGGGACCAACUGUUACUAUUAUUCGAACCUCAAAUAAUUGCAUCUUUGGAGGAUACACAGAAGUCAGCUGGAAUUCAUUUAGUGGAUAUUCUCGAGAUCCAAAUGCAUUCCUCUUCUCUUUAGUGAAUGUAAAUAAUAUUCCUUCAAAACAUCCAAUCAAGCACCAUGCCUCCAGAUAUGCAAUUCAAAAUAGACUGGUAAAUGGGCCAACAUUUGGCUCUGGUCACGAUAUUUUCAUUUGUAAUAAUUGUGAUACAAGGCCUGACUCGAUGACUUUUCCAUGUAGCUAUAUGGAAGGAACACUCACACUAACAAAUGAUCAACAACAAUCCUCUCAGACAGUUGCCAACAAUGCAUCUUCCUCAACAUUGGUAGGUCAACCAUUAGCUCCUUUUGAUAAGAACUAUUUUGCUGGAGGAAAGAACUUUAUUGUGAAGGAAAUUGAAGUAUUUACAUUAAUGUAUUAA